CCAGAAAUUUUGGGAGGGUCCCGAUGGCUUGGAUGCUUAUCGGCCCACUCGGGCGCGCUGAUAAGAGAUUCGUCGUGGAGUGCCCCACAAAAAAAGACUCCAGACGGAGCAGGGGGCAACGGCGCCUUCGACGAACUCUUCACACAACACAUCUGCAAGUGCUGGACAAACCCGGUGCGGCGCUCCGCAGCGAGAGCAGCAACAGCCUCGGAUCUGAAGUGCUUUUCUGUUUCCUUCCCUCCUUCAACUUCUAAUGACUUGCCCAUAGCCGCGCUCUUCAUCAAUGCCGCCGCGGACACUUGCUCUUGAGCUCGGCCGGCGCAGCGCCUAUGUCUGCAAGGCGUGCCUCGACAGCCUGCGGCCAGCGAACGCGCGGCCCUGGCUCGCAAGACAGUCGUCGUCAAGCACCGCCCGGAGAGUGCAGCCGCCGCCGCCUGCUGCCCGGCGACAAGACCAGCCGAAACCCGAUCCCGCCGAGAUUGAGCGACUCCUCCUCGAGGAUCCAGAUCGCAGCGACGCCUCCGCGAACGGGGAGCCUCUCGACAUCAACUUCUUCACCCAGGAGGCCCCCGGCCGGCUCCGCCGUCUCCGCGACAAGGAGGAGUUUGGCGUGGUGCACGGCGGUCUGGACGCCGAGGUCGAAAAGGCCAUCAACGACCUCGAGCGCCAGAUGGUCAACACGGUGAAGAUGCUGCAGCGCAUGGAGGAGCAAGGCGAGCAGGACAAGGCAGACGCGCUGCGAAAGCAGUUCAAGAAGAAGCUCCGGCUUCAGUACAAGGGCAAGACGGGGCCAGAAGCCGAGGAGUACGGACUGCUGCGCAUCACGGGCUUCAGCGGGCCCCGCCAGCGGGUCGUCGCCAACCUGAACGCCUUUCUCGCCCGCGACAGCGUCGUCAAGGGCGGCAUCCCGAGAGCCCGGGAUGUGGCCGAGUGUUGGAAGUACUACUCUGCCGCGCGCAAGACGCUGUCGACGGCAUGGCACAACGUGCCCCAGGAAGUGUGGAAUUUUCUAUGGAUGAUUCUCUCGUGGGAAGGGGAUGGUGUCGAGAACCCCAACCGCAUGCAGCACAUCUACAUCCUCGCGAAGGACAUGCAGGCCGCUGGCGUGCCUCUGCGGGACUCGCAGCAGCUCCUUGCCAUCGAGGCCAUGUUCAUCGAAGGCUGGGAGGAAGAGGCCAUUGCGGCUUGGAAGAAGGCUGUUGUCACGCUCGGGUCGAAGCCCGAAACCUUCACCGACUACUGGGAGCUUGGUGUCCGCAUGUGCUCUCUUCACGGAGAUACGGACCGGGCACUGCGGGCCGCGGACACGCUUCUCAAGUCCUCGCACCCGCCCAACGCGCGCAUCCUCAUCCCCGUCAUCCGGGCGUUGGCGGCCAAACGGGCAACAGUCGAGCGGGCCUGGGAGUCGUACAGGGACAUGCGGACCCUGCUCGGCGAGAGUAUGACGAUCGAGGACUACGACGAAGUGAUCGCCGUGUUCCUCGCUUCUGACAACGUCGAGUACGCCCUGCAGGCCUUUGUCGACAUGAUGCUCUCGGGGACCGUCGACAUCCGAGGGAGGACGAGGCUGCCGAUGAGUGUGGGCAACCACUUCUUCAUCGGUAAAUGGUUGAAGCGCCUGAUAGGCGUUGGCGACCUGGAGGGCGCCUACAAGGUGGUCGCGUACGUCCAAGCCAAGGGCGUCACCCCGUCGCCCAUCCAGCUCAAUGGCCUCAUCGGCGCCUGGUUGAGGUCGGGCACGGCCGAGAAUGUGGAGAAAGCGGACAAGCUCGCGUGGAGCAUGAUUCGCGCCCGCCUCGAUUUUGUCAAGCUACGGCAGCGGCGCGGCUUGGUCUCCUUCUACGAUCCGUACGAUGCUCCGGUGGUACAGGGGAGCGAAGGCGCACCCGAGUUUGUGUGCCAGACCAGGGCCACUGCCGAGACAUUCUCCCUACUAGCCGAAAACUACUGCUCCCGGAGGCUUCACGGCCGCUUGCAGGAGCUGUUCGAGGUCCUCAAGGAGGCUGAGAUUGGCCCGACAAGCUUCCUCAUGAACCAGCUCAUUCGAUCGUAUUCUCAGAACGGAGAGGCCGAGGAGGCCGUCCGCCUCUACCGGACCAUGACCCGGGAGCAAAACAUCCGCCCGGACGGACACACCUUCCUGACGCUCUUCAACAGCCUCUCGGUCAACCGGCUCAUCCAGCGGGAUCCGGCCCUCUCAAGGCAGGACGUCGCCUUGAUCCGGGAGUUCUUCCGAGACUUGGUCGAGGCCGAUUGGACGUUUGACACGCCCGAAAUUUUCGCCCAGCUGCCCCGUACCAUUCUGUUCAGCAUGCUCAAGGCAAAGGACUACACGGGCAUGAUCGUCGCUGGGCGCGCCAUGAAGGAGCUCUUUGGCUUCCACCCGCCCGAAGCGCUGCUCAUCGAGCUGGCUUCAGGCAUUGGGUCCCUGCAGGUCAAGACGAGGCGGAACAUGGAGCGUCUAGUUGCUGGUAGGCGGACAAUCGAGACGCUCAUGCGGAAUCACCGGAUGGAGCUAGUCAAGCGCGGCCACCCGGGGGUUGAGAUGACCGAGGAAGAGGAAAUCAACGAGCUCCGAGACGUGUUAGAGAGACUCGUCCUGCUCAAGGCGGGGGCGCAGGACGCGGAUCCCAAUGAGGUCCAGCGGAUAGUAGAGGAGGCCGCGCAGGAGAUGGGCGUGUAUGAUAUUGUCGUGAGGAAAGAUGCCGACCAGAUUGCGAAGCACAGGAAACUGGGCAAGCAGACGGCCGGGCUCGUGUAGAUAUCAGGUAGAUGCUGUAAUGUUGUACAGUAAGUGCGAUGUAUCUU